AUGGAUUUUGGAGAUUUUGACGAACAGUUCUUGAAUUUCAGCCCUGUCGACGACAGCCAUCUGUGGCCGAACUCACCGUCUAUUACCCUUGAGAAACAGGCAGUACCUUAUCUAGAGGUUGACGGCAGUUCAGACGAGGCUUCUGAAGAGGAGGACAGUCUCCACGAUGACGCAGCAUCUCGACAUCCGGAGGACGACUGCGACGGCAGUUUCGGCGACGAAGAGCAAAUAGUAGUGGCGCUUGAUCAAUACUCGUGGAAGAUUGACCAUGCUAAAGGAGAUCAUAAGUUUCAAGCACAGGACUUUGUUGCUGCGACCAAGCGUAUCUCGUUCGAUGGCAGCCAGGCCAUUGACAUGCUACAACGACGAUACACGAUUGACUAUGGAAGCAAGAAAGCCGGUUCUAGAGCCGCCGCACCCGACGACGAAUACAUCCACUCCUUCUUUCUCGACCUUCUUAUCAUCAUCGGACGACCGCUUCGGCCGAUUACGCAGCCAUCUAGCAGGUUCUUCGAUAAUAUCACUAUUAGUUUCAAAAAUUGGCGGGCGUCGUAUAGUGCUAAGCACGUUCACGGACUCUCGUUCGAUUUGGAACACCGGACUUUCCGGUUGGCAACGGCUGCCACAAGGGAGGCAUGGUAUAUCGUCAUGCACCCCAUCGCCAACGCGCCGGAAGAGCUUCUGUCCCGGAGCGAGCGUAAAAAACGUCGCGAGAAAUCGUCUCUAUCCAGCGCCCUACAGUCCCACCGCGCCCAAUUCCUCGCCUCGUACAUUAAACAGAUCUUCCUUACCGGGGAGCUGUUAGGAGAGGGUGUAGAGCCGUCUUGGAAGCUAGAUGGCCCGCAUACGCAGAAGAUCACGUCCAACAAAUGGACAACGUUCCAGGAGAAAUUCAUGCAAGCGUGGUCAGACUACGUACAACAUAGCACACAGGAUACGUUCUGGGCGGAGAACCAGCCAGCCUUCCAUGCGUACGACUAUGGCGCCAACAUCAAGAUUGAGGUAACUGAGCAGUUACGGUCUGUGCCGAAAGAGACUCGUCUCCGCGCGGUUGAAGAAGAUUCAGCGUCUGACGAAGAGGGCAUGGACGCUGAAGACAGCAUCUUUGUUUACGACGAAAGGCUCGAUGGGGAGGUGCCAGAAGCCAGAGGGAUCCCCCCCAGCCGCUACGAUUACCAGGACCUGUUCACCGGCGGCUUAUACGAGCUUCGAGCGGAGCUCGAGCAAAAGUACGUCCUCGAUAGCAUCGAUACCGUGUCGUACGCGCUGGCUGUCGACAUUAACUGUCUUGAUGGUCGUUCGCCUGAUCCCUACAACAAGCUGGCGCGCUGUCUCCUCGCUGAUCGCAACAUGGUGCUCCGGGAGUUCCACGGAGCGCGGGACUUUACGUUCUAUCCGUUGGCGUUCCAUCCGGCGUAUGGCAAUUUCUCGUCCCCAAGACCGCCAGCCUUUUUGAUGGACAAUCUUCUUGCCGUCAUGCAAGAAAACAUGAGCUAUCAGCAUGACGGAGCCAGCGUGCUUAACUAUGGAUACUUCCAGGGCUACUCUGACAUCAAGCGGAGCAUUCGCCAUGGACCCUUCAAAGGGCGAGAAUCAUAG